UCACCUCUUCACUCCCCUCUCCAUGUCUCAUUCUCAUCCAUCAAACUACAACUAAACACAUCUUCCCUAAACAACAUAUAACACACACUUUGAACUCUUGCUUUGAACUCUCUCAAACCUCCAGCAAAGCGAGGGAAUAGUGUUGUCGGGAGGUUUGUGAUUCCUUAUCUGAGAUGAUGGCUUGUGGCUUAAGCAAGAGCCUUGGCUUGUCUUCUUCGUUGAAGAGACAGCAAGGCAUAGUGACGAUCCUUGGUGGCAUUUCGUCGAACACUUCAUCUGCACCUUCACUCAGGAGGACCUUCUUCGCCGAUUUGUCAUCCAAGACUUGGGUUUCCCAAAAUGGGUUUUCUCCUAUGAAGAGGAUCUCUUCCUCUGAGAAGCUUCGUGUUCCCUCUUCUCCUCCCGACGAUGACGAAGCAGAGGAAGUAUCAAGAUCCGGGGUUGAUAUCUGGGCACAGAUUCAACAAGACAAGAACGCUAAGAAAGAUGAAGAGACCGAACCGGAUCAAUCCGAUGUCUGGAGUUCGAUCUUGUCCGACAAGAAGAAGAAUGAAUCGAGCAACGACACGGUUCCUCCGCCGUACGUUCACCCUUUGAUGAAACGUGCGAGUUCUUUGAGCGAGAAAAGCCUCGAGAUUUGCACUGAGAGUCUCGGAUCCGAGACGGGUUGCGAAGGCUUCUCUUCGUAUGCAUCCUCGGAGACUGGAGAUGCUGAAAUCGAGAUUCAGGAGGAGACGAGUCUCGUUCUCAACGUGACGGAGACUAAGGUAGAAGAAGACAUAACAGAGUCUUUGGUUGAAGUUGAAGCUGAGCAAGAAUCACCAAUCACGGUUCCGAUUCACACACCUUGCAUCGAGCUGCCACGAGGAUCGUUUCCACCACCGAUUCGUUCUCUUUCGAGCCAAUCUGGUUCGUCUCUGCACAUGAAAACUCGCCGCGACAAUGGCCGAUUGGUUCUUGAAGCUGUCUCUAUGCCGACCCACAACAACUUCUCCGCGAAGCGCCAAGACGGACGCCUCCUCCUCACUUUUGCUGAAGUCAGCGACGAACCCAUCGAGAAAGAGGAUGAGACUGAAUCGGAGGUUCAGUGGUUCGAAGAGGAAGAAGAAGAGAAAGAAGAAGAAGAAGAUGAGGCACCAGUCGAGUUUGCCUACAAGCCCAACGGGAUUCUCUAUAAGUUAGCACAAAAGCCCAUUCCUGUGACUGUUCAUAGGUUGGCCCAUAAGCCCAUUGGGGUACCAAAGAGAAACGCAAGGUGGCCUGUGACUGAUGAAUUCAACACCAAAUCGGAUCUCUCGACACCGGUGGUUCACUCUCUGCCGCCGAGGCCAAGGGUGGCUCAGCUUGCUAGGUCAACAAAACCGCCGUCCACGGUGGACGACACUGUAGGAGCUGCUUGCUUCAACACAUGUGACUACUCUUGGAAGUCCACUAACACUGAAGUUUUUGGCCCAAACACAAAAACCCAAUUCCAAGCCCAAAACUUUGUCAACACAGCAAUUGGUGUUGGACAUGACGGUUGGAUUAAUGGCUGCAAGGAACGUAGGAGGUCACUCUUGUCCGUUGAGCCAUUUUGCAUUGCCACUUAGACCCGACCAAAAAGGGGGGUAAUUUACAAAGAAGCAUAAAGCAUAUGAUAUUAUUAUCUAUAUAUGUGUAUAUGUAAUCGAGUAUGUGUAUACUCGAAUAUAUAUGCAUAUUAACCCAAUAAUUGUUGUUGAUCAUGGUUUUUUUCUACUUUAAUUUUUUUCCUCUAUAUAUGUUUUACCACUAACCUUUUUGGUUUGUGGGGGUAAAAAAACGAAAAAUAAUUAUAUAAAGAAAAUAAAGAAUUAAGAGUAGGAGAGGGAAGAAAGUUUGAGGGGGUGAACAUUAUUAGAAGUAUAAUUUAUUGUUUUUGAUGAGGUUUGAGACCUCGUUAAAGUAAAGACAUACAUAUUUAUGAAA